AUGUCUUCCAUUGUAGCCGAGCAGUUCCUGAACAAGCUGCAACAGAGCCAAAACUUUGGCCAGUUGGUUCUUCAGCUCGUGGCCACAAAGUCCUUUGACGUCAACAUCCGCUUUGCCGCAUCACUACUGUUCAAGAAUUUCGUCCGUAGAAAUUGGAUGAACGACGACGAUGGCGACAGCAGGAUCUCGACCGUGGACAGGGAUGCAAUCAAGAGUAGGAUUGUUGACUUGAUGACAAUCUCAGAGGCCAGGAUUCAGCUCCAGCUCUCGGAUGCUGUCACCCAGAUUGCUGAUAGCGAUUUCCCUCAAAAGUGGCAGGGCCUCAUUCCAGAACUCGUUAGCAAACUCAACCCCAACGACUUUGUCACCAACAAUGGACUCUUGCAAACUGCCCACUCUAUCUUUCAAAGAUGGCGACCGUUGUACCCAUCCGACAACCUGUAUACUGAGAUCAAGAUUGCACUGGAAAGCUUUUGUGAGCCUUACCGGCAGGUGUUCCUGGCCACGGAUGCCAUGAUCCAAGCAAAUCCGCAAAAUGUCCCUCAACUGAAGGUUCUCUUUGAGACCCUUUACCUGCUUACGGAAAUCUACCAUGACCUGAACUGUCACGAUAUCCCAGAGUUUUUUGUGACACAUCUUCAGGAGUUCUUGGGGCUUCUCCAUAAGUACAUGAUCUAUGAGAAUCCGCUUCUUGUUGGAGAGGAUGAAGACUCGCCAGGACCUGUCUUGCAGGUCAAGGCAUCGAUUUGUGAGGUUGUGGAGCUUUACAGCAAGCGCUACGAGGAGGACUUUACUUCCCUUCCAGAGUUUAUUCAAACCUCCUGGUCUCUGUUGACAACCUUAGGAUUGGAGCCAAGAAAUGACUCGCUGGUUAGUAAGGCGAUGUCAUUCUUGACCUCUGUUGUCAAGAACGGACGGCACAGGGAUAUGUUUAGCUCGAACGACGUACUCUCCCAGCUUUGCGAAAAGGUUAUUUUGCCUAACAUGGGUCUGAGAGAAUCUGAUGAGGAGUUGUUCGAGGAUGAGCCGAUUGAAUAUAUUCGGCGUGAUUUGGAGGGUUCUGAUAGCGAAACUCGUCGUAGAGCAGCAACGGAGUUGGUGCGAGGACUCUUAGAUCAAUACCCUAAGGAGGUUACAGCCAUCAUUUCGACUUAUAUCCAGCAUUAUCUCCAAAGAUAUAGUUCGAAUGUCGCACAGAACUGGAAGGACAAGGAUGCCGCCAUGUUUUUGUUGACAAGUAUCGCUGCAAAGAGCGUGGGAUCGCAGUUUGGCGCACGCGAAACAAAUGCAGAGGUCAACAUCUUGGACUUUUUCGAAAAGAACGUUAUUCCGGAUCUCACUGCACCUGUUUCAGGAGCCAUUCACCCAAUUCUGAAAGUCGACGCCAUCAAAUACCUCUACACGUUCCGAGGACAGUUCUCAAAGGAUCAGCACCUCGCGGCUCUUCCUUUGCUUGUCAGGCAUCUGGAGAGUACUAAUUAUGCAGUCUAUACCUAUGCAGCCAUCUGCAUAGAGCGCGUCCUGUUCAUGCGCGUUUCUGGAAGCACGGGCCCAAUGUUUUCUUCUGACGAUAUUGCGCCUCAGGCCGAGAGUCUUAUUUCCAACCUGUUCCACCUUAUCGAACUUGGACAGACGCCUGAAAAACUGGCUGAGAACGACUACCUUAUGAAGUGUGUGAUGCGUGUGAUUCUGACAGUCCGGGAAAAGAUGCUACCUCUGGUCAAUCUGUGCCUAGCUCGUCUGACGGCAUUUGUCCAGGCAGUGAGCUCGAACCCCAGCAACCCUAAGUUCAACCACUAUGUUUUUGAGAGCAUUGGCGCGCUGAUCAGAUUCAUCUGUACAGCCCAGCCAGAGGCAGCAGAGCAGUUUGAGAGUCUGCUGUUCCAGCCAUUCCAGGUUAUUUUACAGCAGGACAUUGCAGAAUUCACGCCCUAUGUGUUCCAGCUGUUAUCGCAGUUGUUAUCCUUUCAUACCCGUCCUGAGCUCUCGCCUGCAUAUCAGGCUAUGUUGCCCCCUCUUGUUCAGCCAACUCUCUGGCAGCAGCAAGGCAAUAUUCCUGCACUCGUGAAGUUGCUUCAAGCGUAUUUGCAAAAGGGGUCGAGCUGGAUUAUCGCCAAUAACCACUUGGAACCCCUCUUAGGAGUGUUCCAGAAGCUGGCGUCUUCCAAGAUCAACGACCACCAUGCAUUCGAGCUCUUGCAGACCAUGAUCGUUUAUGUGCCAAUGACUGUAUUGGGCAAUUAUAUGAAGACGGUGCUGAUCAUGCUGUUGACGCGUCUGCAGAGCCACAAGACAGACAAGUUCAAAAAGGGGUUUGUGAACUUUUCGUUCUUUUACAUGGCGUUAGACAGAGAGGGCACAGGACCGGAUGCGUAUUGGGCACUAUUUGACAGUGUGCAGACGGGCUUGUUUGUGCAGUUUUUGAAGACUGUUUGGUUGACUGAGGCACAGAAGGUGUCUGGACGGAUCGAGCGCAAGACAUGUGCAGUGGCGAUGGUCCGACUGGUGACCGGAUCCAAGACUAUUACCGAGGGGACUAACUUUGAUGCAGCAUGGCCAGCGGUGAUGACAGCGUUGGUCAAGUUCUUUGAGGCACCGCAGGAUGUGAAGGGAGCAGCAGCGGAUGCGGCAGAGGAUGAUGUGCUGUAUGCGAUUGAUAUUGAGGAGACAGGGUACCAGGCACAGUUCUCACAGCUUGCGACGACAUCGACCACGAAGGUAGACCCGACAGCACCGAUAACAGACCCCAAGCAGGCGCUCGUCGAGGGACUCGUGCGGUUCAACCAGGCGUAUCCGGGACGUGUAAGUAUUAUACAUAAGCUAUUAGAUAUGAACUAA